GUAAACUCAGAUUAAGAAAGAAUCACAGAAUCUAUUUAUAAGUAUGUUGAAAUUGACAUGAGAAACGGGGUAAAUUUUCUUCAGAAUGUAAACCAAUCAAAAUGAAGUGGUGUGGUGUUGGAGCUAACAUUUGAUGUUGGAUUCCUAGCUACCUACCCUUACUAUUAAGCCAAUGUUAUUGAUAGGGAAAGAAAUGGAACUUGUGGUCCUUCACACAUAUUCUUCUCCUCUUUCACCUUAUCGAGGAUUUUAAUCUUCUUUAAUAAAUCUUCACCUUCUUCAAUUCUUCUCCGCCCCCAUCUCUCCAUCUCCUUGCUUGUUUCACAACAAUCAUGGACUCGAGCAAAGCCGAGGGAAAGAGAAUGAAAGAGCUGGUGGCGGAGGAGGAGGAAGAAGAUGAUGAUGAAGAUGGUGCUAGUGGGAUAGUUACUGUAGGUUUUGAUAAGGAUGAUAAUAAGAAGAAGAAAGGUAAGAAAGGAGCUGCCGCCUGUGGUGGAGGGUCUUCUACUUCCGUUUCUUGUCAGGUGGAUAAUUGUACGGCAGACAUGACAGACGCCAAGCGAUACCAUAGGCGCCAUAAAGUCUGUGAAUUCCAUGCUAAGGCUUCUACCGUUCGACUUGCCGGUCUUCAACAACGUUUUUGCCAGCAAUGUAGCAGGUUUCAUGAGAUAUCGGAGUUUGAUGAUGCGAAAAGGAGUUGUCGAAGGCGUUUGGCUGGACACAAUGAGCGACGCCGGAAAAGCUCAUUUGAGUAUCCUGGAGAAGGCUCCAACUGAAAAGAAGUAGUACAUUAAGAGGCAUGCAUGAAUGUAGACAAAUGGAAGAAGAAUUUACUAAAUCACUUUCCCCUACGUACUACUACGCCUCUACCACCAUAAUCGGUUCUUCAUCAGUUAAGGUCUAAUUCUAUGUGAUCGCUCUUGGAUGCUCUCUCUCUUCUGUCAACAAUAAUGUCAUCUAUCUAUCUAUCAUCGUGCACCACUUGAUAAAUGGUGCCCCGUUAUUAUCUAUAAUAAACAUUAUUAUCUCAAGCUAGAA